CGUGAGUCAAUGUCAUUCGCUGCUUAAUAUCGACUUGCCUGUGUUUUUCAUGGUGGUGUCAAAUCUCAAUUUUUAGUUUCUGUAGAUAUUUUUGAGAUCAAAAUGGAUGAGGGGAUAGGGACGGUGAAGUUAACAUACAAAAUACACAAAUAUUCCAGCGUAUCUGCGCACUAUGUUCCUGAAAACAUUAUGGUCAAUAAUCCAACAGACCAGCUGUCCAGAUGGUUCACUGACAGUUCCACACCUUCUCAGUUCAUAGUGCUUAAACUGCAGACAACCUCUAUAGUGGAAACUAUCAAAUUUGGUAAAUACAUGAAACCACAUGUGAGUGACUUGAAAAAAUUUGAAGUAUAUGGUGGGACUGAUGAGAAUAACUUAUCGUUAUUGUUAACUGCAGGACUCAGAAAAGAUAAUGUAGCGGAGACAUUUCACUUGCGACACAGGACCUCGGAGGGCUUAUAUUUGCCUGUUGAUUAUAUAAAGAUUGUCCCACUGCAGUCCUGGGGACCUGCCUGCAAUUAUACCAUAUGGUAUGUCGAGCUGGAGGGAAAGAACCAAGAAGAUUUUAUCAGUCAUGCUUUGGAAACUAUUAACAUGCGUAAAGAAGAGGAAGCAGUUAAAAUACUGUUGAAACAUUUGCGUCGUAGAAGAUAUAAAGAUGCGUUCGAAGCGUUAUCACGCGAGACUGGGGUGCAAUUAGAGGGUCCUGUGCAGGCUCGCCUGUGGAAUGCACUUGUGGAGAAUGGGGACUAUGAACUAGCCGAAAAAAUUUUUGUGGAAGGUGCUAGAGAUGGUGAAUUGGACUGGUACAUGUCGUGGCAGCCCUACACGCCGGAGUGGCGGCAGAUGUGCGGGUGCUCCGCCCAGGUGGAGGAGCGCUUGUACAGUGGCGAUGCAGUCCCAGCCGUGAAUGCUAGGGCGCAUGACUUGUCUUGCGUUGAUAGGGACCCGAGACUCGAAGGACCAGAGGUGGGUCAAACAAACGGCAACGAAGUUGUGGAGAGUUGCUUCGUAUCAUGCGGCGCCGCGUGCGCCAGCCGGCCGGGCCCACGCGGCGGCCAUCAGCUCGUUGUUGAUAUAAAUACAGGUACCCUAUACCUCUUCGGCGGGUGGAACGGCACAGAAGACCUAGAUGACCUGUGGAGCUUCGACACAACAACGGAGCGCUGGACGCUGCUCUGCCGGCACAGCGGCAUGCUGGGUGGGCCUUCGCCCCGAUCCUGCCAUAAGAUGGUGUACGACCCCAUAAAUGAGAAGUUGUAUACGAUUGGGAGAUACCUGGACGGUAUACAGAGGACGCCAAAUAAUUUGACUAGCGAUCUAUACGUGUACUCAGUGAAGACAGCGGAGUGGUCGCUGGUGAUGAACGACACGGCGAUAGUGGGCGGGCCGCGGCUCGUGUUCGACCACCAGAUGUGUAUAGACCCCGACACCAGCACCAUCUACGUGUUCGGCGGUCGGGUGCUGCCCACUAGCGCAGAUGAGAUGAUAAGUCCACAAUACUCUGGCUUGUAUGCGUAUUACAUACAAACGAACACGUGGCAGCAACUUCUACCAGACAACCAUGACCUGCCAGCACCGCAGCCUAGAGUUUCUCACUCUAUGCUCUUCCAUCCAAUCCAGCGGCGGCUGUACAUAUUCGCGGGGCAGCGCAACAAGGAGCAGCUGCUGGACGUGUGGUGGUGGGAGGCGGGGUCGGGCCGCUGCGGCGCGCUGUGCGCCGGCGCCUGCGCGCCGCCCGCCGCCGGCUUCACGCAGCGCGCCACGCUCGACCCCGACACCGACGAGAUCUUCGUGCUCUCUGGUAUGAGCAAGGAAAAGGACCGUCGCGUGUACAACCAGCUGUGGGUGCUGUCGCUGCGGCGGCUGACCUGGAGCUGCGUGUACCGGAACGACACGCUCGACGCGCACGAGCCGCGCCCGAGGUUCGCGCACCAGCUCGUCUAUGAUCAUAUCCGGAAGAUCCACUACCUGUUCGGCGGCAACCCCGGCACGACGACGAGCCCGCGGCUGCGGCUGGACGACCUGUGGGCGCUGCGGCUGGCGCGGCCGGCGGCGGCGCGCGUGCUGCGCGGCGCCCGCGCGGCGCUGCGCGAGGCGCGCUACCGCGAGCUGGCCGCCGCGCCGCGCGCCGCGCCCGCCGCGCUGCACUACCUGCGCCACGACCUCAGCGCCGUCACCGACCACGCCGACCCCGACCAGGUGAGCCACUUCCAGCGGCUGGCCACGGUGCUGUUCUCCGGACGGCAGGCGGCGAGCGACUGGGUGUCGCUGAGCCCGCGGCGCUCGCGCGCGCUGAGCCGCCGCCGCGCCCCCCCCGCGCCGCCCGCCGCCGCGCCCGCGCCCCCCGCGCCGCCCGCGCCGCCCGCGCGACACCACCUCGCCAGGGCGCUCGCUGCGGUGUUGGGCGCAGACGAAACCACGCCAGAAGCGUCGACCCCAUUCGAAGAAACUGUAUCGCCCGCGGUGGACACGUGGGACGUGUGUGACGAGGGCCCCUGGGCGGACGAGGACGAGGACCCCGCGGGCCCCGAGUCCUCGGACGAGGACAGGGCCCGGGCCAGCAGGAUCCGGCUGUACGACCAGCUGUGCCAGUACUACCGCCCCUCCACCGUCCCGCCCACUAAAGAUAUCAUGGACUUUGUCACUUUGUAAACGAAAUGUUAUUCUUUUUACGUGAAGGAUAUGAACAGUUGCUGUAUUUCUACAAUAAUCUUCAUGUGAGCUUUAUCUUCGUAUAUUAUGACGAUAAUUUUGUUGUAAAUGCAAGUAUAAUUUAAGUCUAUUUUGCACAAAUAUCAAAUAACAAAAAUACCUUCUCUGAUUGCUCUCAUUCUCUGAUAUUUACGUAAUUUUUCCUACUUUAACACGUAUUGCCUUUACAUUUUUAUAUUAAGAUUAAUUUUUGUCAUUUAUUACAUAUAAUGUGGUGUAAUGAUAAAUGGAAUUUGCGCGUAAUGGAUAUUUUUUGUUCGUUUUUGAAUUGCAUUAUAUAUCAAUUAAAAAAAUUGCCAAUAUCGGAAAGGAAAAAAUCAAAAUAAUCCAUGUUAUCUUUAAUAUCUUAUUGUUUUAGAUAAAGCGUAUUGGGCCUAUAAAAUUUAGUCAUACAUAGACUGUAGAGAUAUUUUUUGAUCAUAUACAAAUUAAAGUUUAAUGUUUUCAUUUUAUGAUGUGCUGUUAAGUGAUAUUAAGUUCGCAUUUAGUUUUUAAUAUCGUAUAAGAAAUUUUAGUUUGACCGUGUUGGGAUUCUUUUUAUUCUCAUCAAAUAUGUAUCAAUUUAUAUAUUAGUUUUAAUGGUCGUAACUUAGGUAUGGUAAAUUAGAUUUGAUAAAGUAAAAUUACAUUUUUAGUAACUUAUUAGAUUCUAUGUUCAGUAAUGUUCAAUAAAUCCUUUGCAUAUAAAUUUCUACUUUAAAAAUAUAUAGGAAUUAAGACCUAGAACUCAAACACAAACAUGAGUAAUUUCGAAGUCUAACAUCUUCUUAAUAUCAUUUUGAAGGAACUUUAUUUUCAUUGAAAACCAAUGAAUAUCAUAGUUAGAAAUUAAUGAAAAGAUGAACUGAAAGUUUAUUAUUUGCUAUUUUUGGCAUAAUUUUGAUGUGGUCAAGGUAGGUGACGGUAGGUGACCUUUUUAGGUGCUCAAGAAUAAGAGAGGUUGUUUACGUAGAGAGAACGUACAUUUAUAAAUAAAAAUAAGUAUAAUAUUGCCAUGUGCAGUAUUUGAAAUACUUUUUCUAUUCAAAAAUAAAUGUAACAUUUUACAGUCUCUACGUGUUUUUAUAGUCGCUAUUGUAUGUGAAUUAAUCGCAUUUAUAACCGCAAGACAAUUAUGUGUGUUCAAUGUUAAAUAAGGAUAGGUAUUAAAUUAUUAAUUAAUUCAUGAAAUUAAACGUUUGGAUUAUCAAUAAUUGCUUCAACGUUUUAGCUCAUUGAUAGAACUCAUACAUAUGGUAUAUCGCGUAGUAUAUUCAGAAGUUUGCAUUUGAUUUCGUCGUGACUCUCAUGUAAUCGUAUUUGAUGUUUCUAGUUGUUGUAAUAGAAGAUUGUUCCGUGGUUUUGCAGACAUAUAAUAUUUACUCUACUAUGUUUUUAAAAGAUUAACAAAUCAGAUUUUACAACAGUCGAUGCUAUACAGACAAUUACGACUGAUAUUUGUCCAUACUUUAUCUCUUAUUCAUAUUGUGUACGCAUUUUUUCAUUGCACAAUUUUGGAUAAAAUUUGUAGGUUAUCAUAAAAUAUUAACGUAAACUAUCUCUAUGUACCUACUCUUUCUGUGGGCGUAACUCUCACUUUUAUUAGACUAUACACAUUUUAUUCAUUGUUUUUAGUUACUAAGCAUUAUAUUUAACCACUUUUCUGAAGUACCUAAUAGAUGUUUAAUACGUAAGUAAACUUUAAUGCUACAAUUGUUGCCAAAAUAUUUCCACGUCAGUGUAAAUUAAAGAAUAAGUAAUAAGGCCGCCUUUUCAUAAGAUAUAUAGACCUGCGCUUUUCUACUGUAUGACUUUGUUUUUUUUGUUUAGUGUACAUACCAGAAAAUAUAAUUUAUAUGAAUAUUGUUUUAAUGAAGUAGUGUAAGGAACUAAACCCCAUCGAAUGGGAAUGACGCUGCUUGUUAAUUUAUUUUGUAAUCUCUCGAGGCUUCUGACAUUGUCGCAUUUGUAAAUAUAAUUGUGCCCUGUUUAUUUACGAACUGUGAUAGGAAACUUAUAGUCAAUAGGCGUAGUGAUAUUUUGAAUAUUGAUAAGUAAAGUGAUCUUUACGGAAAGUUGGCUGCGAUAUAUGAGGGUUGGAUAUACAAUUAGGAUAGGCCAGCAAAAUCAAUGGUAUAUCAUAUAACUACAUGAUUUGAGCUGGUUUUGGUUUGAGAAUGUCGCCGAUGAAUAUUCUUAUUAUUAAUACUACUAAACUUCACAAGAACGUCGGUAAAAUUUUAAGAUUUCAAAAUUUAAUUGUCAUAUCUUAUAUCAUAAUUAUUAUGUCUCAAUGUAUGCGUAUACUAUAUAAUAACUAAAUGUUUCAAUAUAAAGAAUUCUUAUAAUUUGUAAACUUUAUUUGACUUAAUCGUAAUUGAUGUCCGAAUAAAUAAACAAUUUUGUAAAUUUUGUUUCUGUAGUAUUAUUAUGAU